GUUGUAAAAUAGUCUAUUAAUUUUAAACUUUUAGACAACUUAACACAAAAUGUUGCGAUUUGUUUGCUUAUCUCUGUUGGUAGCACUGGUAGCUUCAAAAGGCAUUCCCUACAAGGAUUGCGGUCAUCAUGAGGUAACUGAUUUUGAGAUUACCGGAUGCACCACAAAUCCAUGUACUUUACAUAAGGGACAGGAGAUCACUAUUACCAUUGAGUUCAUCGCCAACCAGAACUCUCAAAAAGCUGAGAUCGAUUUAGUAGCAAAAGUUGGUGAUAUAGAGGUCCCAGUGCCCGGUGUUGAUAAAAAUGCCUGUAACCACAUGCCGUGUCCGGUCAAAAAGGGAGAUACAGUUACACUUAAAUACAAAGCCACUAUUCCCAAAAACGCACCCACCAUUGAAGCCGAUGUUACUGCCAGACUUAAAGGUGAAAAUGGUGAUCUGGUUUGCGGAAUUGUCCAUGGUGAUAUCAAAGAUUAAAUGUUUAAUUUAAUAAAAUUAACAAUAAAUAAAAAUAUUAAUUA